UGCCUUGAGCUACUUUGCGCCAGGGGAUUCAUAAGCAUCCUAGAAUUGGCUUUUUCUGGAUCACCAUAACUAGCAACAAGCAAGUAAGGUGGCACUGCUUUUCUACAUACUGACUGCUGUACUACUAAAGAGUCCAGAAGGAGCAAAAAACUACCAGAUAUGGCCCACUGCGUGACCUUGGUUCAGCUGUCCAUUUCCUGUGACCACCUCAUUGACAAGGACAUUGGCUCCAAGUCUGACCCACUCUGCGUCCUUUUACAGGAUGUGGGAGGGGGCAACUGGGCUGAGCUUGGCCGGACCGAGCGAGUACUGAACAGCUCGAGCCCCGAGUUCUCCAAGACUCUGCAGCUUGAGUACCACUUUGAAACAGUCCAGAAGCUCCGAUUUGGCGUUUAUGACAUAGACAACAAGACACCUGCGCUGGGGGACGAUGACUACCUAGGAGGGGCUGAGUGUUCCCUAGGACAGAUUGUGUCCAGCCAGAUGUUAACUCUACCCUUGAUGCUGAAGCCUGGAAAACCUGCUGGGCGGGGCACCAUCACGGUCUCAGCUCAGGAGCUGAAGGACAGUCGUGUAGUGACCAUGGAGGUGGAAGCCAGAAACCUAGAUAAGAAGGACUUCCUGGGAAAAUCGGAUCCAUUCUUGGAGUUCUUCCGCCAGGGUGAUGGGAAAUGGCACCUGACAUACAGAUCUGAGGUAAUCAAGAACAACCUGAACCCUACGUGGAAGCGUUUCUCUGUUCCCCUUCAGCAUUUCUGUGGAGGAGAUCCCAGCACACCCAUCCAGGUACGGUGCUCAGACUAUGACAGUGACGGUUCACACGAUCUCAUUGGCACCUUCCACACCAGCCUGGGCCAGCUGCAAGCAGCCCCGGCUGAGUUUGAAUGUAUCCACCCUGAGAAGCAGCAGAAAAAGAAGAGCUACAAGAACUCUGGAACUAUCCGUGUCAAGAUUUGCCAGGUAGAAACAGAGUAUUCAUUCCUGGACUAUGUGAUGGGAGGCUGCCAAAUCAACUUUACUGUAGGUGUGGACUUCACAGGCUCCAAUGGAGACCCCUCCUCACAGGACUCUCUGCACUACCUGAGCCCAACAGGGGUCAAUGAGUACCUGUCGGCACUGUGGAGCGUGGGCAAUGUGGUCCAGGACUAUGAUUCGGACAAGCUGUUCCCAGCAUUUGGAUUUGGGGCCCAGGUGCCCCCUGACUGGCAGGUCUCCCAUGAAUUUGCCUUGAACUUCAACCCCAGUAACCCCUACUGUGCAGGUAUCCAGGGCAUUGUGGAUGCCUACCGUCAGGCCCUGCCCCAAGUACGCCUCUAUGGCCCCACCAAUUUUGCACCCAUCAUCAACCAUGUGGCCAGAUUUGCAGCCCAGGCUGCACAUCAGAGGACUGCCUCGCAAUACUUCGUGCUGUUGCUGCUGACUGACGGUGCUGUGACAGAUGUGGAGGCCACACGUGAGGCUGUAGUUCGUGCCUCUCACCUGCCCAUGUCAGUGAUCAUCGUGGGUGUGGGUGGUGCUGACUUCGAGGCCAUGGAGCAGCUGGAUGCUGAUGGCGGGCCCCUGCGCACACGCUCCGGGGAGGGAGCUGCCCGCGACAUAGUGCAGUUUGUGCCCUACCGCCGCUUCCAGAAUGCCCCUCGGGAGGCAUUGGCGCAGACUGUGCUUGCAGAAGUACCUGGGCAACUGGUCUCCUACUUCAAGGCCCAAGGUUGUGCCCCACUGAAGCCGCUUCCACUUCCAGCCAAGGGCCCUGAACAGGCCCCUGCACAGGCCCCUGCACAGGCUCCUCAGGCCUAGAUUCCCUUGGAGGGUAGGUUGUGGCCAGUCCUCAGCUCUGCGUCCUCAAGGCCCAUAUGCACUAGUGCUCACCCCUGCGCACACUCCCCAGUGCUUAGCACUUUAUAUUUUAUACUUUUGUACUUACUCCUACUGUUGCUCUUGAUCCCACCUUCUUGCCCCUGGAGCCCCUCAUUCAAUAAAGAUCAAUGAUGGCCA